AUAAUAAUAAUAAUAAUAAUAAUAAUAAUAAUAAUCGAACGUCUCUGUCUGCGAUGAUAUUGCAUGAACGUGUUUUCGAGCCACGCUCGAGAGUUGAUUCGAUGAGAUGUGAGUUAUCGUAUGGAUAUCGAAGAUGAGAUACCACCGGGUGGGAGAGAUGGCUGUCAGCGAUAAGCUCGAGUGCGUCACGAGCCGUCGACAUCCUUGAGAUAUAGAGGAGAACCACGGGUGGAGAGAAAUAAAAAAAGUACCCUCGUUAUCGUUGUGGAAACAAACUAUUAACGUGAGAUAACGGUUUUCGUCGCGUGUGUGUCAGUCGACUAGCGAAAAUAUGACGGGACGCGCGUGUGAUUCACGUUGAACCACUGACUCGAUUACGGAUCGAAACACGUGUGCGAGUGCGUAGUGAGUGUAAACGAGAAUGGUACCAAAUGGCCAUCAGCAUGUAGGACGUUAAAGAUCUUGGAUCGAACCGUGGCUUCCGAUCGAUCUAAAAUCGUGUCAAGUGCGCCGAUGAAGCGAUCACGAUGGAACGCGGGAUGAUGAUGCCGAAUCUGUCGUGCGACGGCUGCGUGGACAGCGACCGGGACUCGGACAGCAGCAGCAUGAUCGUGGACCCAGUCAGCUUGGACAAGAACGACCUGUCACCGUCCCAGUCGUCGUCGAGCCCGAUAAUCCCUAGUUCCCCGGUACCCGCGAGCACCACGUCCUCGAGGAACCGCGGUGGAAACCGUGCCAAGAAGAAUUACUCAAUGAUGUCUACCAGCGGUCAACAGAAGAACAACACGUCCGGCCAGACGUCGUCUUACAACAACGACAAGAUGUCCUCGUCCCUGAUCAAACCGCCGUAUUCGUACAUAGCGUUGAUCACGAUGGCGAUUUUACAAUCGCCACAGAAAAAGCUGACCCUAAGCGGGAUCUGUGAGUUCAUCAUGUCCCGGUUUCCUUAUUACCACGACAAGUUCCCAGCCUGGCAGAACUCCAUCAGACACAAUCUAUCAUUGAACGAUUGUUUCAUCAAGAUACCCCGCGAGCCUGGGAACCCGGGAAAGGGUAACUACUGGACCUUAGACCCACUGGCUGAGGACAUGUUUGACAAUGGGAGUUUCUUGCGUCGCAGGAAGAGGUACAAGAGGCCUCCGCCGCAUUACGUCCUACGCGACAGAGCGAUCAUGGCGACGUUUGCCAUUUGCGGCGAUCGGGGACCCUGUGCCGGCGGUGGCGGCGGGCACCCAGGUGCUCUCACCUACCCCAGCGCCUAUCUCUCGCCACCGCCUGGUCUGCCGUUGCUCGACUUCUCGCCGUCGACUUUGGAAGCCUUGAAGUUAGGCGGUUUCCUGGAACCGCCGCCACCGUUGUACAAACCGGUGCCCAUAACCGCGCCACCGAUCAGGCAGAUCGACCCGACACCGACGAGGAACGCUCAGAUGCCGAGCGCCCAUCCGCCGGUGGAGAAGAAGAGGAAUUUUAGUAUCGACGCUCUGAUCGGCAAACAGGCAGCCACCGAGCAGAGCUGCGGUGGACUGUUGGAUCUCAGCCCGUCGGAGCACAGGGAAAUCAGGAGUCAGGCCUCUGCCUUCUCGCCGCUCGUUUAGGAACCUCAGUUCCGAGAGAUCUGAUCGAGAAGUCACGAUCUGGUCAACGAACUAUUGACCAGUGAUCGAAAUUCGGUUUUGGAUCUUUGCGUGAGUCUCAAUGGCGAGAGAUCGCCCUAAUCAGAUGUUCUAAUUGACCUUUGAGACUAGCUUGAGGCGCCAGAGCCUGGUGAUGAUUUCUAGACAUUUUUGUAGUUUUUAAUCGAAAGUCGGGAGGAACGACACUCGACAAAGAGGAGAGGUGAAGGUUCACCGCAUUGCCAAAGAUUCGUAGAAGAACGAGGUGGGGAAAGUGAGAUCUCAAUGCCAAAGACGAAUGUCAGAGAAUUGAACUCGAAACGUACUCGUGUAAAAAAGAGAGAGAGAGAGAGAGAGAGAGAGAGAGAGAGAAAGAGAGUGAGAGAUAGGGAAAAGGGAAAGCGAAGGGGGACAAAGUAAUUGUAAAAAGGUGUAGUGCAAUAGUGUAGUGGUUGGUUUAAGUACGAGAAAGAAACCCUUUAGAAAACUGUACGUCCCAUUCCCGGGGAAUCGAUUCCUCGUCGAAUCGAACCUAAUAAUUUCUCUCCGAGCCGCGCCACCCCCGCAAUUAUUUUCAUUUUUUUCCCUCCCCCGUCCUUAGCUUGCGCGCGUGUUGGCUCUGAUUGUAAACGAUCGAUUAAUAUCGGUAAUGUAAAUACACACGUACACACACACACACACACACACACAUACACACUUACAUACACGCAUGCAGAUCCCGAACAAAUCUUUGCUCAGCUUUCUAUUGUUUGCGAGUGAAUGAGAGAGAGGAGCAGAGAGAGAAUGAGUGAAAGGGUGGCGAGAGGAAGGGGGAGGUCAGUUCUCUUCGGAUUUGAUGUAAAGCUCCGACCGGGUUUUCGGUCAAGUAGACGUUUAGUGUACAUAGUGCUGCAUACGAAACAUAGGGAAACGCGUUCCACUAUCAAACGUCCUCGUUCGAACUGGAUUUAACGAUGGAGGUAAACGUGUCGGGGCGAAUAACGUUAAAAAAAAUUAUCUUCAACGAUGAAAUUCGAUAUUAUGCAGGUGAAUAAUUUCGAGAACGCCUCGAACGAUAAUUAGAAAUAAUGACCAUGACGAGUACGCGUGUGCCGACACGCGUGUCUUAACACAUACGUACGUACAAACAUUGUUGUUAAAUUUUCCUUGAGUUCCACGAUUACGAGAUAAGAAUUAUUGCACGAGGAUAUGUCAUAUAGAAUCGAAUCUAUGCUUGUUUUACUAAGAAAGAGAAGCAGGAAGUUUAUAUCUUGUAUGCUGGACUAAUUCAUUCUCCAAAUGCUUUAUUGAGAUUCAGUAAAAUUUAUUAGUAUGAGGAAACACUGAAAAAUGAUUGCACUUGCAAGAAGCUUCAUUUUCAUUUCAAACUCUUAAUCCUAUAAAAAAUACUGUUCAGAAUAAAAUGAGGGAAUGUCACAUCGACUCGAAUCUAUGCUUGUUUUAUUAAGGAAGAGAAGCAAGAAGUUAAUAUUUUGUAUGCUGGACUAAUUCAUUCUCCAAAUGCUUUGUUGAAAUUCAGUAAAAUUUAUUAGUAUGAGGAGACACUGGGAAAUAAUUGCACUUGCAAGAAGCUUCAUUUUCACUUGAAACUCUCAAUCCCAUA